CUGAAUAAAUAGUACUGCCGAGUGGAGACAGGCCUGGAUUUCAGCUAAUUUAGCACUUUCGAUCCGAGGUGGGGGGAGGAAGCUUUGGCGAAAGCCACAUCGGACAGCAGCAAGUCCGGCCUACGCGCGUUCACGCGGGCGCGGCCACGUGACGCGGGGGGCCGGCCGGGCUUUGUUCGGAGGCUGGAGCGUGGGGGGCGCGCGUGCGCGCGCUGCUCCGGUCGUCUCGCGACGAGGGCGGGAGGGGCGGCGCCUGUUGGCUUGUCGCGGCGGCCGGUUCGGAGCGGAGCGGAGCUGACUGACUGACUGCCGGCCGGCCCAUGGCGUCUCGACGGUGUCCUGGAGCGGCAGGCUCGAGUGCGGGGGAGCACCCACCGGUCCCGGCCUCUGCUCACCCAGACCCGGCCAGGGAGCUGUUCGAGGGCUGCCGCAACGGCGACGUGGCCCGGGUGAAGAGGCUGCUGAAGGCGGACAACGUUAACGCCAGAGACACGGCGGGUCGCAAAUCCACCCCCUUGCACUUUGCCGCAGGCUUUGGACGGAAGGAUGUAGUUGAAUUUUUGCUUCAGAAUGGUGCUAAUGUCCAUGCAAGAGACGAUGGAGGCCUUAUUCCUCUUCAUAAUGCCUGUUCAUUUGGUCAUGCAGAAGUUGUCAAUCUGCUGCUGUGUCAUGGUGCUGAUUCUAAUGCUCGUGAUAACUGGAACUACACGCCUCUCCAUGAAGCUGCCAUCAAAGGCAAAAUUGACGUAUGCAUAGUUUUGCUCCAACAUGGAGCUGACCUUCAUAUUCGUAAUACAGAUGGAAGAACAGCAUUAGACCUAGCAGAGCCAUCUGCUAAAACGCUAUUGACAGGUGAAUACAAGAAAGAUGAGCUUUUAGAGACUGCAAGGAAUGGAAAUGAGGAAAAGUUGAUGUCCCUACUUACACCAUUGAAUGUAAACUGCCAUGCUAGUGAUGGUAGAAAGUCCACACCACUGCAUUUAGCAGCAGGAUAUAACCGUGUUAAUAUCGUACAGCUGUUACUUCAACAUGGUGCAGAUGUUCAUGCUAAGGAUAAAGGAGAUUUAGUACCCCUUCACAAUGCCUGUUCGUAUGGUCAUUAUGAAGUAACAGAACUUUUAAUUAAGCAUGGUGCCUGUGUGAAUGCUAUGGACCUCUGGCAGUUUACUCCUUUGCACGAGGCUGCCUCCAAGAACAGAGUAGAAGUAUGUUCCCUAUUGCUGAGCUAUGGUGCUGAUCCAACAUUGCUGAACUGUCAUUCUAAGAGUGCUAUUGAUUUGGCCCCUACACCCCAGCUAAAAGAACGCUUAGCUUAUGAGUUCAAAGGACAUUCAUUGCUACAAGCUGCUAAAGAAGCAGAUGUUGCUGGUGUGAAAAAACAUCUUUCUUUAGAGAAUGUGAAUUUCAAGCAUCUUCAAACUCAUGAAACUGCACUGCAUUUUGCUGCUGCUUCUCCAUAUCCGAAACGAAAACAGGUGGCUGAGCUUUUAUUAAGAAAAGGGGCUAAUGUCGAUGAAAAGACAAAAGACCUCUUAACGCCCCUCCAUGUGGCAUCAGAAAAGGCCCAUAAUGAUAUGAUUGAAGUACUUGUAAAAAAUGAUGCAAAGGUGAAUGCUUUGGACAGUCUUGGUCAAACACCUUUGCACAGGGCUGCACAUUGUGGUCAUCAUCACACGUGUCGCCUUUUGCUGGCUUCUGGAUCUGAUUCAUCUAUAGUAUCUCUUCAAGGAUUCACUGCAUCACAGAUGGGCAAUGAAAGUGUGCAGCAGAUUUUACAAGGUGCUGUAGUUGGAAAUUGUGAUACUGACCGGCAGCUGUUAGAAGCAGCUAAAACUGGAGACUUGGAUGUAGUCAAGAAACUCUGCACUCUUCAGAAUGUAAACUGCAGAGAUGUAGAAGGCCGCCAGUCUACCCCACUCCACUUUGCAGCUGGUUACAACAGAGUGUCCGUGGUGGAAUAUUUGUUAGAAAAUGGUGCUGAUGUUCAUGCCAAGGACAAAGGAGGUUUGGUUCCAUUACAUAAUGCGUGUUCCUAUGGACAUUAUGAAGUGGCAGAGCUGCUUGUUAAACAUGGUGCAGUGGUUAAUGUAGCUGAUUUGUGGAAGUUUACUCCUUUACAUGAAGCUGCUGCCAAGGGAAAAUAUGAAAUUUGCAAACUUUUAUUAAUACAUGGUGCUGAUCCAACCAAGAAGAACCGGGAUGGAAAUACAGCUUUAGAUCUAAUUAAGGAUGGAGAUACAGACAUUCAAGACCUCUUGAGUGGAGAUGCUGCUUUACUUGAUGCUGCAAAAAAGGGUUGCAUGGCCAGGGUGAAGAAAUUAUGCAUAAUAGAGAAUGUUAACUGCAGAGAUACACAAGGCAGACAUUCAACACCCUUACAUUUAGCAGGUCUGCUUUUGUUAAAUCUGUUCCUUGUGCAUGUAGAAUAUUACAGAAGUGCUGUUAAUUGA